AUGCCUUACACUAAAAUUGAUACUGAGGCCGAAGACCAGUUCUUCAAGCAACAAGUGCAAGAAAUCGAACAAUGGUGGAAACAACCAAGAUGGUCAAAAACUAAGAGAAUCUAUACCGCUGAAGCCAUUGCUAAAAAGAGAGGUACUCUUAAAAUUGACUACCCUUCGUCCAACCAAGCCAAGAAAAUGUUCAAGUUGUUGCAAGAGCACGAGAAAAACAAGACUGCUUCAUUCACUUUUGGUGCUCUUGACCCAAUCCAUGUCGCUCAAAUGGCCAAGUACUUGGACUCCAUUUACGUUUCAGGAUGGCAAUGUUCUUCCACCGCUUCCACCUCUAACGAGCCAUCGCCAGAUCUCGCUGAUUACCCCAUGGACACCGUUCCUAACAAGGUGGAACACUUGUGGUUUGCUCAACUUUUCCAUGACAGAAAGCAAAGAGAAGAGCGUUUGAACCUUUCCAAGGAGGAGAGAGCUAAGACUCCAUACAUUGACUUUUUGAGACCUAUCAUUGCCGAUGCCGACACUGGUCAUGGUGGUAUUACUGCCAUCAUCAAAUUGACCAAGAUGUUUGUAGAGAGAGGUGCUGCUGGUAUUCAUAUUGAAGACCAAGCUCCUGGUACCAAAAAGUGUGGACAUAUGGCUGGUAAAGUUUUGGUUCCAGUUCAGGAGCACAUCAACCGUUUGGUUGCCAUUCGUGCCUCUGCCGAUAUCUUGGGUUCUGACUUGUUGGCGGUUGCCAGAACUGAUUCUGAGGCUGCUACUUUGAUCACCUCCACCAUUGACCAUCGUGACCACUACUUUGUUGUUGGAGCCACCAACCCCGAUAGCCCAGAUUUGGCCACUUUGAUGUCUGAGGCUGAGGCUAAUGGUAUCUACGGUGAAGCAUUGGGAGCCAUUGAGGCCGAAUGGACCAAAAAGGCUGGAUUGAAAUUGUUCCAUGAGGCGGUGAUUGAUGAGAUUAAGGCUGGCUCUUUCUCGAACAAGGAGGAAUUGAUCAAGAAAUUCACUUCCAAGGUGAACCCCUUGUCUCUUACUUCCAACAAGGAAGCCAGACAAAUUGCUAGAGAAAUUUUGGGUAAGGACAUUUACUUCAACUGGGACGUUUCUAGAGUCAGAGAGGGUUACUACAGAUACAGAGGUGGUACCCAAUGUGCCGUAAUGAGAGGCAGAGCCUACGCACCAUACGCUGACAUGAUUUGGAUGGAAUCUGCUUUGCCUGAUUACGCUCAAGCUAAGGAAUUUGCUGACGGUGUCAAGGGUCAAUGGCCCGACCAAUGGUUGGCUUACAACUUGUCUCCGUCUUUCAACUGGAACAAGGCUAUGCCUUCUGAUGAACAAGAAACCUAUAUCAAGAGAUUGGGUGAAUUGGGAUACGUUUGGCAAUUUAUCACCUUGGCUGGUUUGCAUACCACUGCCUUGGCUGUUGACAACUUCUCCAAGAACUAUGCUGAGAUUGGUAUGAAGGCUUAUGGUAGAGACGUCCAACAACACGAAAUCGACCAAGGUGUCGAGGUGGUGAAGCACCAGAAAUGGUCUGGAGCUGAGUACAUUGACGGUUUGUUGAAGAUGGUUACUGGUGGUGUGUCUUCUACCGCUGCCAUGGGUGCUGGUGUCACUGAAGACCAAUUCAAGGAGAAGGCCGCUGGCAAGUUGUAG